AUGUUCCUCCCGGUCUCUGUCUUUACCGCCCAGCCUGGAUACGUUGAUUCCGAUUUGGCACUUUAUCUUGCGGUGACGACUCACGUUGCCAUCAGCCUCUCCUCCGCCGCCCGUCCGUCCGUACGGGCCUAUGUUUGUCUGUGUGUAUGUCUGCCUGUCUGCCCAUCCUCCCAUGGCAUUUUCCCUCCGAUUGUGCAGUUGACACGCGCUCCUUGCUUUGCCGCCACCCGCCGACACCCACACUCUGGCCGGAGCCAGGUCGGGCCGUGCCGGACCACUCGACUCCUUCCGGACACUCGCUCUUUUCUACCCCGCCCGACACCACCACCGCCCCACUCUAGCAUGCCCCCUCACACCGUCCGAGCCCCAUCGCUACAACCCUCCUCUCGAGGCGGCCGUCAUCGCCGGUCCCGCUCCGCGCGCGAUCGUGUGACAGAGCCGGGCUCAGACGCCCGACAGUCGGCACAUCAGUCGCCGAGUUGCGGCGGUUACUCGCCUAAAAGUACUCUGCUUGCCCCUCCACCCCACGUCCACGCUCAAAUGCACAGCCCCAAACACCCAACCCCACUUCUUGCGUCUGGCCUCAGACGCUGA